AUGCCUCCCCACGACAGACCCUUCGUUGGCAUCAAUGCCCUGGUCUACUACUCGCCCACCCUGUUUGGCACCAUGGGGCUGGGUCACAACAUGCAGCUCAUCAUGUCGGGCAUUCUCAACCUGACGCAGCUCAUCGGCGUCAUAUCCAGCCUGUGGACUCUGGAUCGAUAUGGCCGGCGACAGGUCCUCCUAUACGGAAGCGUCGGCAUGUUUGUUUCCCACUUCCUUAUUGCCAUUCUCGUCGGCAGAUUCUCCGACGAUUGGCCCGCGCACAAAGGCCAAGGCUGGACCAGUGUCGCCUUUCUCCUGCUUUACAUGCUCGCCUUCGGAGCCAGCUGGGGCCCUGUCCCCUGGGCCAUGCCUUCUGAGAUCUUCCCUUCUUCGCUCCGUGCCAAGGGUGUUUCCAUCUCCACCUGCUCAAACUGGCUCAACAAUUUCAUAGUUGGCUUGAUCACGCCUCCUUUGGUGCGAAAUACCCGAUUCGGGGCCUAUGUGUUUUUUGCCGUCUUUUGCUUCCUCUCGUUCGCGUGGACCUUUUACUUUGUCCCCGAGACCCAAGGGCAAGACGCUGGAGCAGAUGGACGACGUCUUCAAGGACCGCAGCAGCACCGAGGAACUGGAGCGCAAGAAUGA